AGAAGAACGACCAUCUUUUGGGAGGGAAAAGAAGAAGAGGAGGAAGUAACUUCGGCGCGGCUCGUUGUUAUGAACACGGUUGCCUGGAAGUAUAACCGCAUCAAGUUCAGUGGACAAAUUCCAGUCUUCUUGGGAGUAAUUUUACCGACGAACCUGCGAUCGGGGCUCCCAUCUUUGUUGUUAUUACAACAAAGAAGUAAGCGAGGAAUGGAAACAUUCCGACAGCCAAAUUCAUCGGAAGGUUCUGUAAUUCGAAUUAUCGUCCUGCUUGUCGUGUCCAUGGCUCUUGUGAUAACCGCCGUGGCAGUCGCAGCAUACACCUUUCUGGGUCGUGAAAAAGAACACACAGCGCGGCCAUUGAGGUCCUGUGAGUAAAACCACACAUUGUCUGACACAUCUGCAUGCACGAUGCAAAAUGAUCUUUUGUCCUACUCGUGCGAAGACGGGGCAUUCUUUCUUUUGGAUCCGCUUUCACUGUUGUUUCAAGUCUGCACUUGCAGCGACAUUAUAACGGCUGCGAGAAAUUACUGCACCUCUGGCAAGAAAAUGCGAAGAUUUCAGACGACUACCGCACACGAAGGUCCAACUGAAUGUGUGAAGAAAGAGUGUCUGAGUGAAGCAUCACUAUUCCGAGUUCACCCGUAUGGCAAGCUGGACGCAUCAAUCGACCCAUGCCAUGACUUCUUCCGGUUUGUCUGCACCAAUGAUUUCCUGUCAUCACCCAUUAAGUCUCAACCGUACCGAUACCAAUCUGUCCACUAUCUAAUUUCCCAAGUGAUGGAAUACGUAACAGAAAAUGUAGACAAGAACGAGUAUCCGACAGAGAGCGCAAUUGCCCAGACCAUGAUGUUCGUGAAAAACUGCACAAGUGCAGAAGAUCGCAAGACUACGCGACACGAAGACUUCACGGCUGCGAUGAAAGAAUUAGGCCUGGAAGACUUUCCGUUUCUCACAGCGAACCAUAGUACCACCCCGGACGUUCCCGCUGCUCGUCUCGUCCACUAUUACGUCUUCGCGUUCUUUGGUCUAAGGAUAGUUCCCGACAUCAGGAAUGGUUCGCUGAAUUCACGGUUGGUGAACAUUUACAAUAUUCGUAUCACGCACAACCCUAAAGGCGCAACCUCAAAGACGGAUAUUCCUCGAGCUAUAUUCGCAGCCAUUGAAGCGGCAAAGAGUUUCAUACCGAAAUUAAGCGAGUUCACCGAGAAGGCCAUAAUCGACGCAGUCAAUUUUGCCAACAAGCUUGGACCAGAAUCAAUGAAGGAAACUGGACAGAGAGAUUUGAAGGAGCUCAAAGUGAUGAAUACCACAGAAGCGUGGUCCUGGGAGAAAUUCUUCAACUCAGCUUUCCAAGGCGUGAAGACUUUUUAUCUGGACUACGAUUACCUGGUCGUCGACAAUCCUGAUUACUUCGAAUACUUUAUUAAGUUGUUGUCGGCUGAUUCAGAACAAAAGAACAGAGCUCUGAAUUACUUGGGAAUUUCAGCUCUGAUAUACCUGGCACCCUUUCUUCCUGAAGACCUGAUUAAGGAUGCUGAUAUCGAUGCGAGUCAGUUUCACACAUUGCCCAAGGUACCUCAACGUUUCCAGGCCUGCCUUCGUCGAAGCGAACUCAUGUGUCCUCCUGGUGUUCCUUCGCUUAUCACAAAAGUCCUGAGCAACUCCGAAAACAUGGUUGAUAUUGUAGACGAGCACAUCUGGUGGGUCUCUUUGGUGAAGUCCGUGUUGACAAGACAAGCUGGACUUGUGUCUUGGCUGAACCAUGAGGAGCGGAAACAAGCUGCACGAAAGAUCAGGAACUUGUCUGUAUCAGUCAUCAUACCUGAGUCGAUGUACAGACAUGGAAAUAAUGUAUCCACUGCAGACUGUCAGUACACAACACCAGAGAUAUUGCAUCUACUGCAUCGUGAGUCGCCCUUGACACAAUUUAUGACGACUGUACCACAGGGCGCGAAGGCAUCGCUAAGAGAAAUCGUCACCGGUGAGCGUCGCAACAUGCUGCCGGUGUCAAGCAGUUUCGAUUUCCACGUGAACUACAACCCGCUGGAGAACACAAUGUUCAUCCCAGCAAGUUACUUCGGUCUGAUAUUUAAAACUGGAAACCGAGACUUCAGGCAAGUAUCUUUAAUGCACGAGCGUACAGUUUGA